CGGAAUCACCUGGGAAAUGUUUCAAGAAGGGUUUCGCACAGCUCAUGUUUCAACUGGAGUUAUGACCUUGAAGAGAAGGGAGUUCCGAAACCUGCGCCAGAACCACCGCACUGUGGCCGAGUACAUAGAGGAGUUCAGCAACUUGGCGCGCUAUGCACCGGAAGAUGUGGAUACUGAUGCAAAGAGGAAGGAGAGAUUCCUGGAUGGUUUGCAUGAUGAUCUUGCUGUUCAAUUGUCCAUUGUGCAUAUUCCUGAUUUUCAGACACUGUUGGACAAAGCAACAAUUCUUGAGGGAAAGCAGAAGCAGGCUGAGAACCGCAAGAGGAAGCAUAGCAAUAACCACAACAACUCAGCGCCGCAUCAGAGGACCCGCACAUUCCAUGAUGGUAAUGGAAAUUCUGGACAGCAUAAGCAUGGAGGCAGUGGACACAACCACCACGGUGGGAAGGGACAUCAUCACAAAGGAGGAAAUGGCCACCACCAUAAUGGCCAGAAGCAUCUUCACCACAACUCUGGAAGAGGUAAUGGCCUCAACAAUGGAGAUAGCAAUGGCCGAAACCGUCCCAACAACUUCACCGGCAGGGAUAUCAGCCAAGUGGAGUGCUUCAAAUGCAGGAAGACCGGGCACUAUGCUAGUGAUUGCCCAGAGAAGAAGGAUGUGAAUGCGAAGCCAACCCCGUUUCAGAAGGGACAUGUCAACCAUGUCAACGUGGAGGAAGUCUAUGAGGAGCCAGACGCCGUGAUUGGUUAUUCUGAAGACGAGUAAGAGAUACCGUAGGUUGCGAGCUUACACCCAACAUGUUCGCCUGUGGCGUGAUGGAGCUCUUCGUUUAUUUAUUUGCUGCUUGAACUAUGUUAUUUUCAGCUAGCCUUGAGCUAUGCGCUUUGUAAUAAUUAUACCAUGGAUCAUACGUUGUAAUAAUUGACGCAUUUGCUAUUCUGGUUAUUCAUCGAACUGUGUGUGCUAGCGAUUGAUCCAAGGGACUAGCACAGAAAGCACAGAGAUUCAAUCUGUA